AUGUCAUACGCUGCAAACGACCUCUACGUUCGACAAGGCCGUGACGUCACAAUCCCAUGCAUGUUAAACGUCACCCAAUCGAACAUAGAGUCCCUCGUUUGGCAGAAAAUCACCAACAAAAUCACCAACUCAACUCAGGGUAGCGACACGCUUUAUACCUUCGUCAAUGAGACAAGUCGAGUAUGGCAGAGCCCUCUACGGGGAUACGUUGUCAACUUUACAGAUCUGGUGUUGCUAAAUGUGUCGCUUUCCCACGAUGGCGCUUACAAGUGUCAGAUCUUGACUCAAAGUGCACUUCAACCUAUUGAAAGCGAAACGUAUCUUCAUGUAAUACUACCCCUCCUGGAGAUCGAAGUACGCAAGACAGGCACCGUCAUAAACAACGGCGAAAUCAUCGAACUUCUCCAUGGCGAGGAAACUGACGUAGAGUGCGCUGUUGUUGGCAAUGUGUCCCCUUCUGUAGAGCUACGAUGGGUCACAUCGGAGGAUCACAACCAAACUGACGGGUCUACUGCAAUGCAUCACGUGAGGGGAGGCCAGACUCUGCCUCUGGAGAGCAGGGUUCGCGGAUCUACUAACGCUGCGGAUCUAAUAGCCUUCGGAAGAGACGAGGCAAGCAAGACGAUUUACCCUUCAAGAGGAGGCACCAUCCAACUACCGCACCAUGGAAUCAGCCUCUGCAUACCCGCAUUGGCGCUGCAAAGGAAGUGUAAGAUUACUCUAAAGCCUUCUAAGAACAAUUUAAGAUUCGAUAAAAUACCGAAGAUACCUAAUCUCAUGCACCCGAUUUAUUGCCGUUUUUGUCAGGUUCUCCCAAAGCCGUCAGGUGUCCUUUUCGCUGAGGACGAAGCUAUUGUCUCGCCUGGUGUAGUGUGUGAACCUUCGGGGACAACGUUUGCGUUGCCAUUAAAGUUGGUAAUCCCUCACUGUGCAGUGUUAACAGACCCCUCCAAGGCCAAAGUCACCAUGUACGUUACUCAUGGCGAUAAGAAUGUAACAAAGGAAGAACUGUCAUUAACUGGAACACCUAGGUGCGUAGUAAGAAAAGAUGACCUUGAAGUCUACAUCAACCAUUUCUCAAUUUGUGAAAUGUUCAUGGUCAUUUCUGACUACCUUAUUGGAAAACGUGUCGCUUCUACACCUUUCCUUCCAAAAUCAAUGAGUCGCCUUCAACCGCAACACUGCCAUCUACGUCUGUAUAAUGAUACUCCUGGUCUUGAAGAUCUCAUCGAAACAGAGGAAGAAAAACUUGAUUAUCGCAAGAUGGCUCCGACAAAGAAAAUGUUCGUGCUCUGGGAGAAAGGCGAACUGAAGAUUAGAUGCGAGGUCGACAGCGGUCAUGUCACUGAGAACGAAAAGACCGUAUCGCUAGAUGAUAUCUAUAGAUUGGAUCGAAACAUUGUCAGUUUCUUAGUGAAAGCGACCGGCGAUGCCGAUGUAUAUUUCAAGUUUAACUUUCAUCCUCAUUGUGACGAGGGACAUGCCUUCAAAGCGAAUUUUUCUGGUUCGUAUCUGGGUAUCCUUGCAUAAAAAAUACCAUUGAUAGUAAUUUCCAUGGAAA